UACCAAUAGUUGAAUUAGAGUUAGAGUUACAGAACAGACAUGUCCCUGUGUAAGAUUUACUAUAGUCCUUGCAUUUCUUUCUGGUAGAUGUUCCUGUGAGAACCUGUGUCAGAAAUGACAUGUUUUCAGAUUUAUGAAGCAGUGCUUUCCCCCCCACCCCAGAAUGCCUAUUAAGCACUAUUAAAAAUUCUCUCAAAAUGGUUCUUUAAUAAUUGAUAUAAAUGUUUUUGCUGAUAUUGGGUUCAUUUUUCUUAAGCAUUUUAUUUCCACGUUUUCAUUGUGGCAGAAAUGAUCAAGCAGGUUUGCUUCAUGCAUAUGGAAUUAGAGAAGAAAACAAGUCCAAAAGGGGAGUUUGAGAAAUCCAUUGUUUUAUUUAUAUUUUUUAAAGAAUGUAACAUAGUUUAACUCUUUAAAUUUUGGUCUUGUUGGAGACUUUCAUUCCCAAAUUGGUUUUAUUUCUUUUGGCAUUUAUUUUAUUUUAUGCAUCAAAGUAAUACACAUAUGUAGUUUUAAAACUUAUAUGGAAGUAUGAGGUUUUAAUGAAAAAUAACAGACCCAUGUUCACCCUGUUUCUGAUUCCCAUUCUGCUAAGGCAGAUGCUUUCAGUUCUGUCUAUGUUUCUAAGUAACAUACGCAUUUUGUGAUUUUUUUUUCAGCUUUAGAUAUUAACUAUUCUUGUCCUAAGAUGGAAUAUGGUCAUUGGUUCUUCCUGCAUACCACAUGUGUUCCCUCUGGGUUUCUAGCACCACUUGCCGCCACACAGACUUUUUCCUUUUUCCAUCUUAUUAGCAUUUUUGGUUAACUCAGCUUUUAUAUUAUUAUUUUCGAUGUUAUUUUAGUUCAACUAUGUACUAUAGGAUAAUUGCAUUUCCUUUCUUGAACAUGUUUUACUGUUUCUGUUGCACUUCAUUGCCCUGUUUUUUUUAAUUUGUGUACCAAUCACUGAUUUGACCCCCAAUACUUCAACAGAACUGAAACUUUGCUCAAAAUAUAUUUAAAUUUACUGAGUUUUCUUUUUGGACUCCUGUCUUUCCUGGAGCAGCUGGUGGCCCUGGUUGAUCUGUUCAUCUGUAGGAGUAAGCACUAAGAAGUCAAUUGGAAGUUCUGUGUGUGGGCAGGGCUAACUUAUUGUGCCUUGCUGAACAUAGUCUCUUUUUCUGGGACUCUGUCCCUGUAGACUAUUGUUUUGGGUGGAUUGUUUCUCAGGAUUCUUCCAGUCUCCUUGUUGGGGUCUAUAGGAAAAGGGGGCAGGGGCAGGGCUUUCACUCUUUAUAAGAGUACAGACCCUUUGCUUUCUUCUCAUUUUCAGUAGGGCUGUUAUAUUAUCUUUACCCUUCUCUCAUGUUCCUUUAAAUCACGUUUUUGCCUCUUACAUAAUAUGACCAUAAUUUCAACUAAGAUUUAAGGAAUCUUGACCAUCGUGGAAAGAGUACAGAACAUACAAAUUUAUUUUUUGUGUAUAUAUUUAAGUUGAUGUUUUGAAAUAUAUUAAUACAUAUACAUAGAGAAUUGGCUAUUUUAGUCAAGUAAAUUAGCAUAUCUGUCAUCUCACACAGUUACCCCCUUUAUUGUUUGUGGCAGGAGCAAUGAUACUCUCCUUUGGCAAAAAUUCUGAAUACAAUAUCGUUAACUACAGUCCUCAUAUUAUACAUUAGAUCUCUAGACUUCAUCCUAUACACCUGCAGCUUUGGCCUGUAUCUCCCCAUUUCCCUAUCUCCACCCCCUGGUUCCCAUUGUAAUAUCCUCUAUCUCUGUGUAUUUGACUUUUUAAAAAGAUACUCUGCAUAGAUGUGAGAUCGUGAAGUAUUUUUUUCCUUUGGUUUAUUUCACUUAGAAUAAUCUCCUCCAGGUUUACCUAUGUUGUGCCAAAUGUCAAGGUCUCCUUCUUUAAGGCUGAACAAUAUUCCUUUGUUUACACAGCCACGCACUACUUAACAAUUGGGAAGCAUUGUGAGAAAUGCAUUGUUAGGCAGUUUUAUCAUUAUGCGAACAACACAGAAGAUAGUGUAGCCUACUACACAAACAGGCUGUGUGGUAUAGCUUGUUGCUCCUGGCCAUGAACCAGUACAGCAUUGUUACUGUAUACUGUAAGCAAUUGUAACACAACGGUAAGUAUUUGUUUAUCUAAGCAUGGAAAAACACAGUAUAAAAGAUUUUAAAAGGCACACCUGUAUAGGGCAUGUCCAUGAAUGGAACUGGAAGUGGUACUGAUUGUAUCAAUGAGUGAGUGGUGAGUAAAUGUGAGGGACCAGGACAUUACUGUACACUACUGUAGACUUGAUAAAGUCACCACAAACACAUGAACAGUGUGUAGUGCUACAAUGGCUACAACAUCUAGGUGAUAGGAAUUUUGUUGUAAUCAUCUGGGACCAUCAUUGUAUAUGUAGUCAGGCAUUGAGAAAAUGUGGCAGAUGACUGUACGUACAUUUUCUUUAUCCAUUUGUCUGUUGAUGGACUCUCUGGCUAUGUCCAUGUCUUGGGUAUUCUGAAUAGUGUUCCAGUGAACUUGGGAGUGCAGCUAUCUUUAUGAGGUGGUGAUUUCAUUUUCCCUACACCCAGAAGAGGAAUUGUGAGAUGAUGCUCUAGUUCUAUUUUUAAUUUCUGUAAUAAUCUAUAUAUUGUCUCACUGUGGUGGCUCAAAUCUGCAUUUCCAUUAACAGUGUGCAAGGGUUCCGUUUCCUGCACCCGCUCCCGUACUUGUUACCUCUUGUCUUUUUCAAAAUAACCAUCGCACUGGUAUGAUGGUUUUGAUUUGCAUUUCCCUGAUAAUUAGCAAUUUUGAGCACAUUUUCAUAUACUUCUUGACCAUAUUUAUGUAUCUUUUGGAAGAAUGUCUAUUCAGAUUCUUUGCCCAUUUUUUAAUGGGGUUAUUUGUUUUUCUGCUGUUGAGUUGUGUGAGUUCUUUAUAUAUUUUAGAUAUUAGCUCUUUAUCAGAUACAUGGUUUGCAAAUAUUUUAUGUCAAUUCAAAGGCUGCCUUUUCAUUUUGCUGAUUAUUUCCUUUGCUGUGCAGAGCUUUUAGUUUAAUAUAGUCCCAUGAAUUCAUUUUUGUUUUUGUAGCCUGACCUUUUGGUGCGAACGUAGACAUUUCUUAGUUCUUGUUUUCAGUGAAAUACUAUGAGAAAUAAUAUUUUCAUUGAUUUACUCAACUUUUUAAAUAUAACUUUUAAUAAGGAAUUAAAAACAAGUAUGAUUUUUAAAAACAUUUUAAAAUUGAAGUAUAAUAUGCAUGUAAAGUACACAAAUUUUAAAGGAAAACUAGUGAAAUUUACAUUCUAUAUUUGUGUUACCACCCAGAUCAAGAUAUUGAACAUUUCUAGUAUAAUAGACGAUGCCCUUAUGCCCUUUCCUGAUCAAUACCCCAACCCAACCAGAGUUAAUUGUUAUCCUGACUUACCUCACAAUAGAUUAGGUUUUGUCUUUUUAAAAAUUACUGUGCGUUUUCUUAUAUUGGCUUCUUUUGUUCAGAAUAGUGUUGGUGAGAUUCAUUUAUGUUAUUGCAUCAUUAGUGUGUUCUUCUAUAUUGUUAUGUGCUAUUCUGUUGUAUGAAUAUGCCACAGUAUAUACAUAUCCAUUAUUUUGUUGUGGGCAUUCUUUUCCAGUUUUAUGCUAUUUUUAAUAAAGCUGUGUACAUUUCAAAUUGUAUUUUCAUGGACAAAUACACUCAUUUCUCUCGAGUAUAGAAGUAGUAAUAGAAUUGCUGGAUCCCUUUCCGUCUGGCGACAGCCAUCAGGUAAGCCAAGAUGGGUGCGUGCAAGUACAUCCACGAGCUAUGGAGGAAGAAGCAGUCUGAUGUCACGUGCUUUCCUCUGAGGGUCAGCUGCUGGCAGUACUGCCAGCUCUCUGCGCUCUACAGGGCUCAGUGCCCCACCUGUUCUGAUAAAGUGCGCCAACUGGGCUACAAGGCCAAGCAAGGUUAUAUUAUAUAUAGGAUUCAUGUUUGCCAUGGUAGCCCAAAAUGCCCAGUUCCUAAGGGUGCAUCUUACGGCAACCCUGUACAUCAUGGUGGUAACCAGCUAAAGUUUCCUCAGAGCCUUCAGCCUGUUGCAGAGGAGCAAGCUGGAAGCCACUGUUGGACUCUAAGAGUCUUGAAUUCAUACUGGGUUGGUGAAGAUUCCACAUAUAAACUUUUUGAGGUUAUUCUCAUUGAUCCAUUCCAUAAAGCUAUCAGAAGAAAUCUUGACACCCAGUGGAUCACCGAACCAGUCCACAAGCACGAGGAGAUGAGUGGGCUGACAUCUGUAGGCCAAAAGAACCUUGGAAAGGGCCAUAAGUUCCACCACACCAUUGGUGGUUCUCGCUGGGCAGCUUGUAGAAGGCGCAAUACUCUCCAGCUCCACCAUUACUGCUAAUAUAAGUAAAGUUUGUAAAAUUCAUAGCUAAUAAACAAUUUAGGACAGUCAUGUCUGCUUACAGGUGUUAUUUUUCUGUUAAAACUGGUCUGCAGAUUGUUUCAUGAAUGCUUUGUCCAAUUAAGAAAGUUAAAGUGCAAUGAUGUUUGAAGACGGAAAGUGAUGGUGUAUCUUGUUGCUAAUAAGAUAAACUUUUAUGUCUUUGCUUUAUCUUAUUAGGAAGUCAUAUGUCAGUGUAUAAAACAUACUGUGUGGUAUACUAGGCUUAAAAUAACUUUUUUAAAAGAGAAAUACUGAAACUAGUCCUGUAGAUUUGUCUGGUGCAUGUGAUGAAACCUGCAGCUUUAUUGGGGUGAUGGCAAUGCCCUGCUGGUUUACUUUCAAGUGGCUGGGUGGUUUUUAGUUUGGCAGGUAUAGACUUUUUAAAUUGAGCUUUGCUUUAGAAAUUGUAGGGUGGGAGGAGGACAUCUUAACUAUGUCAUGAUUAUAUUUAGAAAAUUAUGGGCACAAAUCAGGGUUAACCUGAAUAAAAUUGCCUCAGUCUCCACAGUACCAUUUUAAGUUCACGUAAAAGGUGAAAGCCCCUGGUUCAGUGCCUUGGCUUCACAGCAUUCAGUGCUAUUAACACUGGUAUGUUUUGAAAUUGAAUGUUAGAUACAAUUAUUAGUCUUAAUGUUGGUAAGCUAGGAAUCAGUGCCAGUGGGGUAAGCUGGCGAGCCAGUGUCCACUAGAUAAACAUGUUUUAAGUGUGAGCUUAGAAGUCAACAUUAAAAUACUUAACUGUAACACUAGUUUGUGAUCAUUAUGAAUCCUUUCAGUCACAUUAGUGGGGAAAGUAGUUGACUAUAAAUACCUCACUCUUGGUCUAGUCAGUCUUAAAAACGUCUUGGGUUACCCACUCUUCCCACUCCCAUAGGCUAUAGAAAAAGUCGUACAUGUGCAUGGUUUCCAACUGUAUGUAUUUUCUGCAGUUAUUUCUCUAGUUUCUGGCCAAACCACCCUAAAAAUCCUUACCAUUCCCCAAGGUUGGCCUAUCACUUGUGCGCCCACUUUCACAGUAAGUAUACCACCCUGUUGCAUCUCUGUUUGCAUCAUGUCUUCCAGGAGACUAGGCUACUGUUUUCCAAGGUGAAUUUGAAUGAGAAGGAAAUGUAGACAAGGAAUUGCUCAAUUCUGAAUUUUGACUUUGCUGAUGUAAUUUAAAUGCUCAUUUCUCUGAACCAGUUUUCUCCUAUCUUCCUUAGAGGUUUCAGAAGGCUCAGUUAAUUUAUUUCCAAGUACUCAUAGCAAGUUCAUAAAAGUUCUUGAGACCUAAAUUUCUUCUCAAAAAAAAGAAAAGAUCUUAAGUCAUACAUUUUGAUUGUGUAGAGAUUGUUUAACUAAAGGAAUAAAUGUCUAUUAAACU